UUUAACUAUAUAAACUUGUGGAGAUGGAAAUCCCGCCCUGAUACAGCUCCCGAGGGAGAAAAUAAGGUCAUGAGCUACGGUUCCCAGAAUAAGGCUGUUGUUAAAAACGCCGAUAUGGCGGAGGACAUGCAACAACGUGCAGUUGACUGCGCCCAGGACGCCAUGAACAAGUACAAUGUGGAGAAGGAUAUUGCGGCUCACAUUAAAAAGGAAUUUGACCGGUUGUACAGUCCCACUUGGCACUGUAUUGUAGGUCGAAAUUUUGGAAGUUACGUGACACACGAAACAAAACACUUCAUCUACUUCUACAUGGGCCAAGUGGCCAUUUUACUCUUCAAAUCUGGUUAA